AUGAAUGCUCCAUCAACCUUUCAAGCAUUGAUGAAUGAUUUUUUCAAGCCUUUCUUACGCAAGUUUGUACUUGUUUUCUUUGAUGAUAUAUUGGUGUAUUGCAAAACUUGGAAACAUCAUAUGCAACAUUUGAGUCAUGGUUUGCAAGUCCUGUCCGAUAAUAAGUUGGUUGCUAACAAGAAGAAAUGUUAUUUUUCACCGUGCUCAAUGGAGUAUUUGGGACAUAUAAUUUCCCAAGAAGGAGUAGCCAUGGAUCCCGCUAAAUUUCAAUGUGUGUUACUAUGGCCAAUACCAAAGAAUGUUAAAGGAGUAAGAGGUUUUUUGGGUCACACCGGUUAUUGCCGAAAAUUCAUUAGAGAUUAUGGCAAAUUAGCCAAGCCACUGACAGAUCUUACAAAGAAGGAAGGUUUCAGAUGGGGAGUUAGUGAACAGGCUUCUUUUAAGGUGCUCAAAUAA